AUGAUAUUAAGUAAUAAGGAAUGUUACAUAUUGCUCUUUCUUUUGCAGUGGAAUCUGGUAUGUGAUGAUGACUGGAAAACCCCCCUGACUACCUCCUUGUUUUUUGUGGGGGUGCUUAUUGGAUCCUUUAUAUCAGGACAGCUCUCAGACAGGUUUGGCAGGAAGAGUAUUCUCUUUGCAACCAUGGCAGUGCAGACUGGCUUCAGUUUUGUGCAGAUCUUCUCUACCAGCUGGGAGAUGUUCACAGUGCUGUUUCUUAUAGUUGGCAUGGGACAGAUCUCGAACUACGUGGUGGCCUUCAUUCUGGGCACAGAAAUUCUUGGCAAAUCAGUUCGUAUUAUAUUCUCUACAUUAGGAGUUUGCAUAUUUUUUGCAAUUGGCUACAUGUUGCUGCCACUAUUUGCUUACUUCAUCAGAGACUGGCGGAUGCUGCUUCUGGCUCUUACUGUACCUGGGGUGCUCUGCGUUCCACUGUGGUGGGUCAUUCCUGAAUCUCCCCGGUGGCUGAUCUCUCAGGGAAGAUUUAAAGAGGCAGAAAUCAUCAUCCGAAAGGCUGCAAAAACAAAUGGCAUUGUAGCCCCAGCUAUGCUGUUUGACUCCACAGAGAUGCAGGAUAUGAAGCUUCAGCAGCAGCAGAAGGCAUACAUUUUGGACUUGUUCAGAACCCGAAACAUUGCAGUUAUCACUGUUAUGUCAUUGUUGUUGUGGAUGUUAACAUCAAUUGGUUACUUUGGACUGUCACUCAACACUCCCAACUUGCAUGGAAAUGCCUACGUCAAUUGCUUCCUCUCAGCCAUUAUUGAAGUUCCGGCUUAUGUGAUUGCCUGGCUGCUCCUCCGAACCUUACCUCGGCGGUAUUCCAUAUCUGGCACCUUGUUCUUAGGAGGAGGGGUUAUUCUCUUCAUUCAGCUGGUGCCUACAGACUUUCACAUCCUGUCUGUCUUCCUGGUGAUGCUGGGGAAGUUUGGGAUCACAUCCGCAUUCUCAAUGCUUUAUGUCUACACUUCUGAGCUCUACCCAACAAUAGUAAGAAACAUGGCAGUUGGAGCUACUUCCAUGUCUUCCAGGGUGGGCAGCAUCAUCGCUCCUUACUUUGUUUACCUUGGUGCCUAUGACAGAUUCCUGCCUUACAUUCUCAUGGGAAGCCUGACUGUGCUGAUAGGGAUCCUUACCCUGUUUCUCCCAGAAAGCUAUGGAAAUCCUCUCCCUGAGACCUUUGAUCAGAUGCUAAGAGUAAAAGGAUUCAGAAACAGACAACACACCAACCAUGUAAGGAGUUCAAAGGCGAUUGAAGACUCCAAGACUCAGAUAACAACGCUAUGAUAAGGCUCUGUAUCUCCUGAUGGGCUGGAAAAAGAACAAGUACUGCUCAAUGUAUUUCCUACCAGAAAAAAACCUGGGGUCAAAACUACUGGUGCCGCAUAGUUAUGAACCUACAGUCUACAGUACUAUUGUACUAAAUAUAGUGCUGUGAAGAUGCCAUCUACUUCCAUAGGAUUCCCCAUAAUUUAUCCUCAGUGACCUGAUUUUCAGAGGUUUUGAUCAGCUGUAGCUUCUGUUUAAGUAGGAAGCUAUGAGUGCUCAGCACCCUUUGAAAAUCAGGUUAUAAGAGAGCAUUAGGAGCAGUCACAGCACUGACUCAAUGGAAUCUUGCACUCAGAAGCUGCUUAAACGUGAAUUGAAAUACCAAAGUCAAAAAUUAGUUCAAGAUUCUAACACCGGUAUUUUCAAAUGAGAACUAUUUCAAAGUCUUAAUGCUUAAAUGAACAUUAAAAAAAAAGUUAGAACAAUAUUAGAUGAAGAGUCAAAUGACAGCGCUGCUUACAGUGCAAUACACUUUAUACUUAUGCUGUUAGUUCCUGCACUACAGGCUUUCAAACAAAUACUGUGCUAGAAGAAAACAGUGUUAUAAUGCUUUCUUAGCAAAAAAGAUAUUUUAGUUGCAUAUCUACUUUCUGGCCAAAUGAAAUCUGUCUAGCCUGCCGGACUGAUGAUGGCUAAUCAUUAUUCAGAAGGUGACAUUCCCCUACUGUGCAGAGGACCAGCAAAAGGAGUAUGUACCAGUUAAGCCUCAGUCUGAAAGCUUAAGGGGGAUUUGAGUGCUGUGUUUGUCUUGUGCUGGCCCUCGGCACAGGAGUGAAUUUCACCUUAGUAAGCUUAAACAAAGAGAGAAACUUCAUAACCUCUCACCUACUUAAAUUGUGUAACUGGCAUGCACUACCAUCUGGGCUUCAUGAAUAUUUUUUUUGCUUUCAUGUUGAAGCCAGUUGUGGCUGAGACACAAGUAAUGGUAGAACGACAGUCGUUUAUGAAACUGAAUCUAUCAGGCAAAGGUAUUCAAACGGAAAUUAAAUUGAAGUGCAACAGACUAUUUGUUUCAGGCUUAAAGACUCUGGCUUUGAAAAUCAAACCUUUCUUUUGCAUAAAUGGUUUUGCCAUAUUGAUAAUGUAGCGCAAGGCAGCCAUUGUCCUGGGCCAAGGUUCUGUUCCGUUGCUGCUAUCUCAUCUCUUUUCAAACAGAGUUUUCUUCAUAAGGCAUUUGCAAUAUUUAAAGAUUUGAUAUAGCUGAUUUUU